AUGAAGAUACAAUCAACAAAUCGUAAUACGAAGCAAGUUAAAUAUAUCGAUCUUGAAAUAAAUGAUUAUGUACAAAAACGAACGGAUUCAACUUUUCAAUUAAAAAAUUUGGUAAAACUAAGUCCAAUCUUAUAUGAAUUAUUAACUGGUAGAAAAUUAGAUAUCAAUAAUGAUCCACCAAGUUCAACAUCAACAGCAGCACAGACAACGACAUUCAAAAAUUGA